GAAUAAAAAAUUAUAAGAAAAAUUUUUUGUAUUUCGAUUUGAAAGAUUUAAAGUGAAUUAAUUUGUUGAAUGGUGCAGGCGGCUGAGCUCGUAGUGCAACAUACAAAAAUAUUUAAAAGUUCUGAAUUGGAUUAAUUAAAAAAGUUAUUCUUUAAAAUGUUAAUUAAAGUGUUUGUUAUUCUAACAGUGUCGAUAGCAUUGACCAAAAGUGCCAAACUUCUUAGAACUCCAAAAGUUUACAACGCAAUUAUAACGACAGAUGAAAAUUUGACACCAUCACGUGCAUUUCCUUUGAUCCAACCUGUCAUUCAACCAACAAUUCCUGUUCUCAGUCCUUUUUAUCCAGCAAAUGUGUUCGAACCAUUUCAUCCAAAUAACGUUGUGAGUGAGAGAAGAGAAUUUAAGGUCACUGAACCUGAAGAGUUAAAAUCUCUUGAAGCCGAGAAAGCAGUUGAAAAGUCAUCAAACAACGAAGCACAUAAAACUGAAGAAACUCGAAGCAAUUCAGAGAACGUUGCACAAACUGAAGAGAAGCCAACUGAGAAGUCGCCAAUUCCAUUGAACCAAUAUGGAUUUCCACCAUCUCUGAUACCUCUCCAGAAAUUCCCAACUUAUCCCUACAGCUAUCCAUUCGUUUAUGAUUCAUAUGGAAACUUUCAAACUGUUCAACAAUUCCCUGUCUUGCCACCAAACUUUUAUCCCCAACAAGAACAUCAAUUACCACCAUUCGAACAGCCAAUGUUUCAAGUUGGUGCUAGGAAAUUAGAUGAAGAAGAACGUGAUGAAAAGCCUGCAAAUGAAAAUUCACUUCCUUCUGCCACCAUCAAUCAUGCAAUCAAAAAUCAUGGAAACAAAAAUUCAGAAAUUCCUGAUGUUGAAAUCCCACCAAUUCCUUUCUCCACUAGGAAAAAUUAAUUAAGCUUUUCAAUUCAAUUAGCUAAUGUUAAACUUUUUUAUUUAUUUUAUUUUCUAAAGUUUAUUUGCAAUUAAUAAAUUAUAUUCACAAUUGAAGACUACUUUA